AUGUAUCUCCGCUCAGUUCACGCCGAGGGCUCAAUCAAAGCCCUCCUCGAAUUUAUCAAGCAGAAUCCUCUCGGAAUAUUGACGACUGCCAUCUCAUCCCCCUCCCACCCCUUCAUCCAGUCCAGUCACAUUCCCUGGGUUUUGGAUGAAAUCAGCGAUGACCCCGAUGCACCCGUGAAGGGCAAGCUACGAGGACAUAUGGCCCGACAGAACCCACAGGCUAAAGUCAUCAUGGAGAAUGCCGGACAGUCGUCGACCCAAUUGACGCAAGACGUGAUGAUCCUAUUCACGGGCUCAGCUCAUCACUAUGUCACUCCAAAGUUUUAUACGGAGACUAAGCCCAGCACGGCCAAAGUGGUGCCGACCUGGAACUACUCUGCAGUGCAAGUAUACGGCAAAGCAACUGUUUACUUUGACUCCGCGGCUCCGGAGACAUCGAACUAUCUUUCACAGCAGAUUCAUGAUCUAUCGCAGCUGUGUGAGACCUCUCAGAUGGGAUAUACGGGUCAGGACGGCAAGCCUGGACCUUGGACUGUUUCGGAGGCGCCUGAGAAAUACAUUGAUAUUAUGAAGAAGAACAUCAUUGGCAUUGAGAUCGCAAUUGAGAAUAUUGGCGGGAAGUUCAAAAUGAGCCAGGAGAGCGGCAAGGGGGAUCGUGAGGGUGUGAUCGAUGGAUUUGCGAGUCUUGGCUCGGAUAUUGGCGACCAAAUGGCUAAACUAGUGAAAGAGCGUUGCGAGAUGAAGGAUGCAGGCAAGACACAAUGA